UCUCCUGGGAGAGCGAGGUAACCGCCGGGUGGAGCUGGCUGGACGGGGCUUGAGGUCGCCCGCGGUGAUCCCGGGGGGCAGCCGAGCCGCGUUCGUGCGCCGCGCCCCCCUCCCCGGCGUCCCGAGCCCUCUCCGCCGGCGCUCCCCGCCGGCUCAGACGCAGCCAGAGCCCGUCUCGGAAAAUUCCAGCCCGGGGACCCAGCCCGGGACUCCGCAGACCUGCACGAGGCGGCCCCCUCCCUGCCCCCUUCCAGCUGUGCCUGCCCCUCACGCGCGGGCCGUCCCGCACACAGAUUCUCUGUCCGCCCGGCCGGGCUGUGGGCGGGGGCCGGGGAGGGGCCGGAGUCGAAUGAAAGGGCCCUUUUCUUCCACAGCUGGGAGAACAGCUGCCACCCCAGCGAGACUGGACACUCCGUGCCCAGAGCCCCCUCGGCAGCAGCCUAUCCUCGGCGCGCUUCUCCUUCGGCCCAUGGCCGGCCCGCGCCGGGUCCCGGCAACUGCAGCGGGCGAGGAAAGUUAGUCCCCGCGGCCGGGGGCGGGGGCGCGGGGCAGCGGCUGCCCCGGAGCUGCCCGCGGUGCCACGGCCAGGGGAGCCGCGGGAGGAGGAGGACUCGGGGUUCCGGUGGUGGUGGCUGGCGGCCCGCACGCUCUCCGGAGGGCCCGUCAGGGGAAGGGGCGCCGGGGCACAGAGAUGCAGGACAGAUUGCACAUCCUAGAGGACCUGAAUAUGCUCUACAUUCGGCAGAUGGCGCUCAGCCUGGAGGACACGGAGCUGCAGCGGAAGUUGGACCAUGAGAUCCGGAUGAGGGAGGGCGCCUGCAAGCUGCUGGCAGCCUGUUCCCAGCGGGAGCAGGCCCUGGAGGCGACCAAGAGCUUGCUGGUGUGCAACAGUCGCAUCCUCAGCUACAUGGGCGAGCUGCAACGGCGCAAGGAGGCCCAGGUUUUGGGCAAGAAAGGCCGGCGGCCUUCGGACAGCUGCUCGCCUGCCCAUCGGUCCCCCUGCCGAGGCCGGGUCUGCAUCUCUGACCUCCGGAUCCCUCUCAUGUGGAAGGACACAGAGUACUUCAAGAACAAAGGCGACCCGCACCACCGCUGGGCUGUGUUCCUGCUGCUGCAGCUCGGGGAGCACAUUGAAGACACGGAGAUGGUCCUGGUGGACCGGACCCUCACGGACAUCUCCUUCCAGAACAACAUACUCUUUGCCGAUGCAGGGCCAGACUUUGAACUUCGCCUAGAGCUAUAUGGGGCCUGCGUGGAAGAGGAAGGGGCCCUGACGGGCGCCCCGAAGCGGCUGGCCACCAAACUCAGCAGUUCUCUGGGUCGGUCCUCAGGGAGGCGUGUCCGGGCAUCACUGGAGAAUGCUGGAGCUUCUGGGAGCAGCCCCAUCCUGCUCCCCACACCGGCCGUGGGGGGGCCUCGGUACCACCUCCUGGCCCACAGCACACUCACCCUGGCCGCGGUGCAGGACGGGUUCCGCACGCACGACCUCAGCCUCGUCAGCCACGAGGAGAACCCCGCCUGGCUGCCCCUCUACGGGAGCAUUUGCUGCCGCCUGGUGGCGCAGCCUCUUUGCAUGACUCAGCCCACUGCCAGCGGCCCCCUCAGGGUGCAGCAAACUGGGGAGCUGCAGGACUGGAAGCGGGUACAUGGGGUGCUGAAAGGCACAAACCUCUUCUGCUACCGGCACCCGGAGGAUGCAGACACUGGGGAGGAGCCGCUGUUUACUAUUGCAGUCAACAAGGACACUCGAGUCCGGGCCGGGGAGCUGGAGCAGGCGGCAGGCCGGCCCCUCACCCUGAGCAUCAGCAACCGGUAUGGGGGGGAUGAGGUGACACACACCCUCCAGACGGAGAGUCGGGAAGCCCUGCAGAGCUGGAGGGAGGCUCUGUGGCAGCUGUUCUUCGACAUGAGUCAGUGGAAGCAGUGCUGUGAGGAAAUCAUGAAAAUUGAAACCCCUGCUCCCCGGAAACCCCCGCAAGCACUGGCCAAGCAGGGGUCCUUGUACCACGAAAUGGCUCUUGAGCCGCUGGAUGACAUCGCGGCGGUGACAGACAUCCUGGCCCAGCGGGAGGGGUCCAGGCUGGAGACAGCCCCUGCCUGGCUAGCCGUGUUCGCGGACCAGCCUACCCCGCCCCGCCCCUGCUCUCCUUCUACCCACCCCUCGCCCUGGGGGCGCCCCCGAACACUCUCCUUGGACGCUGCCCCCCCAGACCGCUCCCCCGCGGCUUCCCGUUCUGUUGCCCCUCGGCGCCCACCGCGACCCCCACAGUCCAGAGGCCUCUGCAGCAAAGGGUCCCCCCACACAUGGCUCCAGUCGGCGGUGUGAGAGCUGGUGGCG